AUGCUCUCGCAUUUGCUUCUCGCGACGCUCUCGGCUGGUGCCGCUGCCACGACCAUCCUCCGCACUGGCUGUGGUGACGUCGGUCCCGCCUGGACGGUGGUUAACGACGACAACAUCUACACCUCGGUCUCGUACGACGGCUCCACGCUCUGCGCGAUCGACACCUCUGCCAACUUUGUCUGCACGACGCCGGCGACGACGCCGCUGACCUGGUUUAUGGCGUACAGGAACGUCCAAAGCGGCUUUGUUGGCGGGAAACUGGCUGGCGUUGUCUCGAACGGAGAGCACUACGCCACCGACGCGUUUGGCCCGGACGCGACCUAUACUAUCUCCCUUUUGCCCGAACCAGCCGCAGCGACAUGGGGCGACAAGGGCGUUAUUGGCUAUACGACGGCAACGUCGAGCAUGUUCUAUUCAAUCGACGGCAGCAAUGGCUUCCUCGAUGGCAACAUGGUCGACCUCGCGGUGAGCGGCAAGACGCUCUACGGUAUCAACGCAUCCGGCGUGCUUUCCAAGGGGUCGCUUCCAACGGGCGAAGUCUCGACCGCGUCGUGGGUGCACGUCGCGGGCGCACCGACGCUCAGCGAAGUCUCGGUCGGCGGCGGUCGCGUCUGCGGUGUCACCACGGCCGACAAGACUAUUGUCUGCUCGACCGACGACGUCAACUGGACCACGCUGCCUAACGCCAACUGGGCGCGUGUGACGGUCUUCGGCAGCACCGUCUUUGCCACCGACAGCAGCAACAAGCUCAGCUCGUACACAUUCCAGUAG